UUCUUCUAAUGGUUAGGGACUGUGUUAGUUAGCCACAGUUUAAAGAUCUCCAUGAAGGACAACUACCUGGACAAAAGAGCAAACAAUCUAACUGAGCAUUUAACUGUUUUUGGGAAGAUUAACUUGUGACUAGAUGAAAAUGUACUUGAAGAAGUGAACUGCUUUAUUGUUACUCAAGGAAUCCCUGGAAGAAGAUCUGAAGUGUGCGGAUCAAUUGCUUGAAGAAUGCAGGCUGUGCCUGGUUUUAGGUGCAGAGAGCAGGGCGAGAGCUCUUUGCAGCAACUCAUGCCAAGAAUGGUACGGGUAACGGGAGCAGGAGGACCAGGUUCCAGUGCUGGGGGUCUCCAGGGGCCUCUCAGAUCUUUGAAACCCCCUCGUGAGCUUAGUGUGGAGGAACAACAGGAGCUACGGAGAAAGAUCAACAGCCGUGAGAGGAAGAGAAUGCAGGACCUCAACGUGGCCAUGGAUGCUUUACGAGAGGUCAUGGUGCCCUACUCUUCUCCCACUGGUGUAGGUGGAGCUCUGCAGCACCUUUACCUCCCUCCUGGAGCCCCUCCGACUGGACGGCGCCUGUCCAAGAUCUCCACACUGGUGCUGGCCCGUAACUACAUCCUGCUCCUAGGCUCCUCCUUGCAGGAGAUGAGGCGUCUGCUGGGCGAGGUCAGCAUCGGGAUGGGCAUCAGUGGGACUGUACCACGUCUGCUGCUGACAGGGGGGUGGCCAUUUCUUAACGGACCAGGACAGCUUCUGCUUUCCCCUCCUGAGCAGCAAAUGGGUGCAGCAAAGUGCCCCUUUCUGCUUCAGGGUACCCAGGAGGAGCCCUUGCCAUGGGGGUCAGGUAGAAUAUCGGAAAACCUUGUGUGCCAGUGUGGGGUGUGUCGGACCCCACGGGUGGUGCAUGUUAAUCCCGCCAUACGUUUCCCAAAGUGAUUCCAACACGACUUGGAGAAAGGCUAAAAAAGAAUAAUGCAAGGAACAUGCUAUUUUUUAUUGUCUGUAAAGGGUGGGGUGUCUUGGUAAAUUUUUGGUAACAUUUUACAAAAAGGUUCAAUUUGUUAACCUUAGGCAUAGUUCACCCAAAAACUAAAAUUCUGUCAUAAUUUCUUCACCAUCAUGACGUUUCCAAACCCGUUUUCUUCGUUGAAACACAAAUAAAGAAAUGUUCAUGUACCACAGAAGAAAGAAAGUAUCAUAAACAAACACUGAGCAAAACUUGUUUAAAUUAGCAAUUAUAAAAAUUUGUUUAAUGUUAAUUUCCACUUGUACAAAUACAUUUUUAACAUUUCAAGUGGUAUAAACUUGAAUGUGCAAGUAUGCAUUAGCUAACUAAACCUUUUAAAGUGUUACCAGUUUUUCCUUUCGCAAAACACUCUUAGAUACAGUACAUCUCACAUAUUGUUGUUCUCUCCUUUGUGUUUGCUAAGAAUUAAACUAGUAAUACUGAAGGAGUGUGUGUGUGUGUGUGUGUGUGUGUGUGUAUCUGUUGUUUGAAACUAGUGCAAAAGUUCAUCUCUCUGCACAUUUCCUGUUUUUUUUUUUUUUUUUUUUUUUGUCCUGUCAAAGUAAGUGUGUGCAUGUGUGUGUGUGUGUGUGUGCUUGGCUGCAUCCAAAUGGAUUGAAAUAAUUAAUUGUGCACCUCUUUUGCAGCACAAGGAUGGAGCCUUUCUUUCACCCCAGCCUUCUCUGAGCCCACCUCAUUCAACUCCCCAAACAAACCCCACAUCAAACCCGACAGCCCCAUAAUAAUUAGACCACACUCGUUCUCCAGCUACACCAUCUUUAAUCCACUCCCUCGAUCGCUGCUUGUCUUGGUAAAUGCGUUGACAUGGGCCAGUGUGGCACCAUUCAUUACUCUCUGUGGACAGCAUAUUCAAACGUCUGGAAAAUGUGUUUCCACCAAAAGAGUUCACUUACCUAAAUUACAAACAACACCCUCUCCAGCACCCAAACUCUGACAUUCACCCCUCCAAAGGCUGGGCGUCUGAAAAAAAGAAGCAAUUCUUUCAAUCUCAGCGCACAGUGAAAGCCAUGAAAGGAGGGAAAAGCAAUUCCAUCUUGUAGGAAGGGGUGCAUGAAUGAGAAUGCAGAUUAUAAUCAUAAGCAUGAUGAUAAAAUACAAGGAAUAAUCGGUCCCACUGCAAAAGGGGAUUAGUCCGGCCAGGCGCAUGAAAGAGGGCGAGAGGCUGAAUGGAAGGAGUCUGUUGCCCAUCGCCCGGGACAAAAGGAGAGGUAGAUGCCAUUAAGUGAGAUUAGGGUUAAUAGGCCUUGAUUUUCUUACAAGGAGGUAAAAAAGAAAAAGAAGUACGGGGGGGAGAGGUGGGACAGAGAAGUAGGAAAGAUUAAAGUAAGAUGCCCCGACUUAAAACCCUUCUCUUUGCGAGGACACACACACACACACUUUAACUUGCCACCUCUUACAUUUACAUAUAGCUGCCUUAUGUCCGCUGACAACUUGAAGAGAUUACCUCACUAAUUUUAACCUCACUUCAGUGCUUUUCCUAAAGCCAUCUUCUCCUGUCGUUCUCUCCUGAGGUGAUAACUUUCUCUCUGAUGAUGGUGGGCGUAUUGUGAGAAGGAUGUAGGGGUCUGCUCUCUUUUUGUGUUCAUUCUUCAGCUCAUCAGUGCAGCUAAAUCCAGCCAAAACAAAAUGAGACAAAAGAAGAGAAAGUAAAACAGGGUGUCCUAUUGUUCUCCACAAAAUGCCUAUGUGUCCUGGUACACUUCACUGAUAUAUGCCCUGACGAACCACUGUGUGAGUAUGUGUGUGUGUGUGCACUGCAUCUGUAUUGUGAAUUCACAAAUUCUCAGAUUAAUUGAUCUGUUUCAUUAACUGUUUAAUGAGAGUAAAUUUGGGUAAAACCAAUCAAUUAUGUUUAAGAAUGUGUGUAAUGUUUUUGAUACUUGUGAGGACCAGCUGAUAAAAAAUUUCCUCACAAAUAAAGCAAAACAUGUUGAAAAUCUAAUUAUAAUGGAAAAUGCAGUGAUCUUUACUAUUUGCAGUCUCAAAAUUGGCCAAAUCAUGUGUUGCCUUGAAUCUACUGAUAUCACCAAGUGUGCUUCCAAUGCUUAA